AUGGCUCCCACUGCGAUCAACGACUGCGCCAGGCGGGGCGAGCUCCACGCCGUGGCGCGCUACUUCAAGGCCCACGCUGACGAGAUCAACUCCCAGGACGAUGCGGGCCGCACGGCGCUGCACUGGGCGGCGCUUGGCGAGGUGCGUGUCGUGGACUGGUUGCUUCGGCACGGCGCGGACGGGAACGUGCUGUGCGCCCACGGCCGCAACGCGGCGCACUACGCGGCGCUGGGAGGCAAGGCGGACAUCGCGAACAGGUGA